GCCCCGGUUCGCCCCGCCCCGCAGCCGGCAGGUGACGGAGCCGCCGCCGAGGGCCCGCAGCCGGUCCAGUGGGAUAACCCAGCUCCCAGACUACACUGUGCAGGACAGCUGGGGGGGUUUCAGCUCUGCCAAGGCCUCUGAGCUCCUUGCUGCAAGGAAGAGGACAGGGCUGCCCUGAGCCAUGUCCAACGACCCUCCACCCCCCUACCCAGGAGGCCCCUCAGCACCUCUGAUAGAGGAGAAGCACGGCCCCCCCCCUGCAGCAGAUGGCGUUGCCCCUGUCGUGGGACAGCCCCAGGGGGUUCCCAUCCCCCCUCCGGAAUUUGGGCCCCCCCCCUACGAGCCCCCCUCCCAGCCAGGGUUUGUGCCCCCCCACAUGCCCACAGAUGGCUCUGGGCCCUACGUGCCACCUGCAGGUUAUUACCCACCCCCGGGCCCUCACCCCCCCAUGGGCUUCUACCCUGCUCCUGGUCACUACCCCUCUCCCGGUGGCCACACGGCGACGGUGCUGGUCCCAUCGGGGACUGCCACCACGGUGACAGUGCUGCAGGGAGAGAUCUUCCAGGGAGCCCCCGUGCAGACCGUGUGUCCCCACUGCCAGCAAGCCAUCACCACCAAGAUCUCCUACGAGAUCGGGCUCAUGAGCUUCCUGCUUGGCUUCUUCUGCUGCUUCGUGGGGUGUGAUCUCUGCUGCUGCCUCAUCCCCUGCCUCUUCGAUGACUUCAAGGAUGUGACACACACGUGUCCCAACUGCAAGGCUUACAUCUACACCUACAAGCGCAUGUGCUAACAGCCCCGGGACCACCGCCCGCCCCUCUCCCGCUGCUCCGCACCAACCCCUCGGCUUCCCCCGGCCCCUUCCCUGUGGAUCCCGCUCCCUCCUGCUCCCCCUUCCCGUGCUCCCGUCCUGGCUCUGAGCGGUUGGAUUGGCGAGGGGGGCAGAGGGGGAGCCCGGGGGCUGUGCUCUGGAACAGGCAGGUUUGGAGGGGGGGGGGGGGGGGGAACCAUCCCUCUGCUCCCCCCGAUGCUCCAGGGCUCUGGCGAGGCCCCUCUGGGCCGGCCCCGGGGGAGGAGCCCCCUCCCCACACCUCCCAGGGCAGGGGGUCCGGGCAGGGGGGGCAGCGCUGUUUUGGGGGGGGCUCCCGAUGGCCCUGGCAGAGGUGAGAGGUCUCAGCCCGUUUCCCAAGGAGGGGCGGGCAGCCCCCCCGAUGGAGGCUCCUGCCGGGGCCAGCACUCGCAUCCCGCUCCGCAGCUCCGUCCCGAGCUCCUCCUGACCCCCCGGUACCGGUACCGUACACCGCACCCGGCAUGGCCCGGCCCUGCCCUGCACGGGAGGAGUUUGUUCCCAGCUCUGGAGCAGAUCCCCAACUCCCCAGCCCCCCAGUUCUGUGGGCAAACACCCCCGAGCUCCCCUCGCCCCCCCAGCCGCACCCUCGGGGGUUCCGCCCUGCAUGGGGGGUGUGUGGUAUUUUUUGCUCAUUUGCUAUGGGGCAGAAGGCAGGGGAGGAGCAGGCAGGGCAGGGGCUGCCAGCAGCUCUGACAGAUGAGAAGAACCCGGGAGGCGUUUUCAGCCUCUCCGUGGCUGCUCCAGCUUCGGGGUGUGCAGCCCCCAGCCCGAGGCUGGGGGGGUCUCUGAGGACACAGCUCUGCAAGCACAGCCCACUGCUGCUGUUUGCUCAGAGGUGGAACUGUGGCACUUGUCAGUGUUUUAAUGUAAAUAAAUAACAGACCCUGAA